AUGUUCACCUCGGGGUUCUACCCGGUGGCAAUAUCUUCCAUUCAGCGCCAAUUUGGAUACUCCAGCACAAUGAUGGGUAUCCUGACUGGUGCUUACGAUUUUGCUGCUGCUCUCGGUGCGGUCGUCAUCACGCACUAUGGGCACACUGCUCACCGCCCACGCUGGUUGGGGUUUGCUGCUCUGGCCUUUGCCGCAGGCACGUUCUGCAUGACUUUGCCCGUGUGGCUUGCAGGUCCCUAUACAGCCGUUGGGGCCCAGUCCAAUGAACUCUGCGAUGGGGGUCAUAGCAUAAACGAUGCUUGCGCUGCUGCACCACCGCGUGGGUACUUUGCCAUUUUCUUGUUAUCCAUGGCGGUCCUCGGCACAGCCGCCAGCCCCAUAUACUCGCUGGGCCUCACCUUUCUGGAUGACAAUGUCAAGCCCGAGGCCAAUUCUACCUACCUGGGCAUAUUCUUUGGGCUGAAUGCGGCUGGCCCAGCCUUGGGCUACAUUCUUGGCGGUGUCUUUCUCAACAUUUAUGUCAGUCCAGGCCACGAGACCGGGCAGGACAUUGACCCCGACUCGACCGGCUGGGUGGGCGCAUGGUGGAUCGGUUUUCUCAUCAGCGCCUCCAUUUGCGCAGCCGUGACCACAUUCUGGUUCUUUGUGCCCCGACAGCUGCCCAACACACAAUGGAUUCGCGAUCUCCGGCGUCGACACGCUGUCAACAUUCAGCGUUCCUUUUGGAGCAAAAUGAAUGCCUUGAACCGCAACCCGACGUUUGCGGGUGUGGCGCUGGGCAACGUUUGUGAUGUGGCCAUUGUGUCAGGUAUCGGCAACUUUCUACCCGCCUAUGUGGAGACGCAGUUCCAUCUCACGGCCUCGACUGCGAGCUUUCUGAGCGGUGCUUGCAUCGUUACGGGGGCUACGCUCGGCAUGUUUUUGGGCGGGCUCCUGCCACGCUGGCGUCGUUGGAGUGCGAAGAAGACGACGCGAGCCAUGUUCAUAUCCUCCUUGAUCAUGCUUCCUUUGACGCCCAUGCUCUUUGUACGUUGUGAUCAGAUUCGGUUGGCAGGUCUCUCCACCCCAGCGGCCUCUUGGACUCCAGCCAACGCGAGCAUCUACCAGGGCUGCCUACCAGCCUGCGCUUGCGACUCCAAGGCCUAUCACCCUGUGUGUGACGCCAUGACGGGCAUUACCUACUUUAGCCCUUGCGCCGCAGGCUGC